ACCAAUCACUGGUCAGUUUGCACUGAGCUGAAAAGACAGAGCACGUCACAGGGAGCUGUUGCUUCACAUCGUGUUUUGUAUCGGAGGGUCUCCAGCGACUUGAACAUGAAGAAGUUCCAGGUGCUGUUCGUGCUCCUGCUGACGACCGCGGCCGCCGGCGCUCAGUCCCUUCACCUCGGCAAAUGCCCUCAGCCGUCAGUUCAAGAGGACUUCAACGUCACGCAGUACAUGGGAACCUGGUACGAGGUAGAGAAGCUCCCGGCUCUAUUUGAAAGAGGGAAAUGUGUCCAGGCCACUUAUUCUCCUCUCGAAGACGGGACAGUCAGAGUUUACAAUGCAGAGCUGCUGUGUAAUGGGAAGAUAAACUCCAUCGAAGGUGUAGCCAGAGUUAAAGACCCGUCUCAACCUGCCAAGCUGGGGGUCAGCUUCUUUAAAGGUGUUCCAGAUGGUCCGUACUGGGUUCUCUCCACAGACUACCAGUCCUACGCUCUGGUCUACUCCUGCUCAGACUACCUCAGUCUUUUCCACAUUGACUUCGCCUGGAUCCUGGCUCGCACCCGGGUGCUGCCGGGGGACCUGGUCAGCAGACUCCACGAUGAUCUGACGGCUGCCAGUGUAGACGUGAACAGACUGAAGGUUACAAACCAGACUGGUUGUGAUGUCAUGACCUGAAGCAGGAUCAGAACAAAUGGGGACAAGAACGUCCUCUUACAGAAAUGUGAAUCUUACUUUUUAAGAUCUGCUGUUUAUCUUCUACAUCUGUCAAACAUUUUUUUGUUUUUAAUCCAUUUAAAAUCAUCGUAUUUAUCAUGUAAAUCCUAAACAUCAACAACAACAUGUCCUUGAUGUGGCGCAGGAAAUGAUUCCUGACAAUCCUGUGUCUCUGUGUGAGAGCCACAAUGAUUUCAUUGUGUGACAUGAAGGUGAAAAUAAAACUUGAACAGCUGAA